UCUUAUUCGACCUAUCAUGUAACUAGGUCGCUUGACAAUAUUAAAACUCUCCCAGUCCCAUUUCACUACUGGGUAGCAACAUUAUGGCCGCCCCGGAAAGUCUCCAAAAACCCAAUCGAGAUAGCGAUCCAUCCGUAAAGCGAAAGCGUGACGAUACCAAGUCAAAUUCUGCCAGCAAGAGAGCCCGACUCGGAGACAGCCUCAAUGUCUCGUCGAACGAAGACAUCAAAGUGUUGCAAGCCGUGGAGUCAAAAUACGAUGUCCAAAUCCACUCGGUGAUAUCAGCAUCUAAGAUCCAGAAGAAAGUUACCUCUGUUCUCCAACACCUUACUUCAUCAUCGGCGGACCGAACAACCAGAGUAUCUGUUCUGCGCGCCAGAGCCUCGGACGCGGGCAAGCUCGUCUCCAUCGCCGAAAUCGCGAGGCGCGAGCUAGGGAAACGGGAGGGAGAUGGGCGCAUCUGGUUUCAAUACAUUGCGCUAGGCGAAGAACUCAAGGAGAUACCGAGAGGCGAUGGUAAUACCGUCAUUGAGGAAACGAAGCUGGGCAUGAUGGACGAUGACGACUUUGAAAUCAUGAAGACUCCGUUUGAAAGAGCCAUUGAAGGCCAACCACGAGUGAGAGGAGUGCCCAUCAUGAGUUUAUUUCUAUGCCGAACCUCUAUCGAGGAAUUGAAGAAGCGAUAUGGAGAACAAACGAACGCCGAUCCGGUAUAGAACGACCCGAUUCUUCUUCUACCUACAUAUACAUACAUCAAGAGGUGUAAAGAGGAAGCACAACCUUACAUACAAGGGAAUUAUCAUCACGCACUGGACUACUUUUAUAGGUUCGCUAUGAAAAAGAAAAAAACACACGUAGGUAGGUGAUAAGCUA